AUGCCAAUUAUUUGUCCUCUCUAUAGUUUAUGUGACCAUGGUGAUUUUGAAGUACAUCCUUGGAAAGAAGGAGGAUGCCAACAUUGUAAAGAACAAGGCUUGAAAAGAUAUCACGCAGUGAGGAAUGGAAAUUAUAAAUUUAUUACUUUUGGAAAAAGAAAUUCGGAAGAUGGUAAAUAUAAAGGUGAUGUUAUGUUUUGGCAAUCGAGUAGCAAUUCUCCUCCGAAGGAGGAAGGACAAGUCAUUGAUAGGGAUGUCAAAUUAUUAGGAGAAGAUCAACUGGUUCAAUAUAUAGAGGUUACCGAAAGGUAUGAAGAACCUGAACAUUACUCGACCGAUUUGAAUUCCUUUUGGUCAAUGAUUUAUCAUUAUGGUAGUAUAGAAAAAUGUAUUGAAACUGUGGAAGAAAAUGAAUGGGUUGACGAAGGUGGGGAGGAUAAUUAUGAACAACGAGAAGCAUUCAGUAACUUUUUCUCCGACCUGAUGGACGAUUAUGAUGACUAUGAUGAUGAUGAGGAAGAUGAUUUGUACUAUGAUGAUGAGGAAGAUGAUGACAUUUAUUAUGAGGAUUCGGAUGAGAAACCUCAACAACAAAAGAAACCUAACAAAAAACAAGCUCCACCUCCUCCACCAAAACAAUCUUCCAAUAAGAAAAAACCAUCCAAAAAAAAGAAAUAA